AUGGCACUCUUAAAGUGCCUCAAAUGGCUCUCAGGGUCGGAGUCUCCCUUGAACAGAGUGAUGGAUGGGGUUGUGAACCGCUUCGGCGGUGCAGCUCAUUCCACCUCAUCUGUUGAUUUAGACCGCAGCAACUAUGAACGAUUCCUAGAUGUGACUCUUACUAGGGACAACAACAUCACCACUGGGAAGAUAUAUCAGUCUGUGCUGGAUAAGGAGGGGAUAGGCGAUUACCUUGGAAAGACUAUUCAGGUUGUUCCACACAUCAAUGCCAUUAAGACUUGGAUUGAAUCAGUUUCUCUCAUUCCUGUCGAUGGAAAAGAGUGCCCUGCAGAUGUUUAUGUUAUAGAGUUGGGUGGGACUGUGGGUGACAGUGAAUCCAUGCCAUUCAUUGAGGCUCUGCGCCAAUUGUCUUUUUCAGUUGGUAAGGUUGUGCUAGGGAAAGCCCGACUAGAUGUCGUCGUGAUAGGUGACGGCUGGCAGUGGGCAGCAGCUGUGGUGGAGCAGGAUGUUGAGAGAUGGAAGCUAAAUGGUCCAGACUCUGAUGAUCUGCCAGCUGGGCAGGAGAAGUGUUUUGCUAAAUCUCCCCCAAAGAGAAAGGCUGCUGCCAAGUCUUCAAGAGAUGAAGCUACUCAUUCGCAAGCAGAGAAUGUGUCUCCAUUGAGGAAGAAGCCAAGGUUCCCUUAUACUGACAAGACUCCAAUGGGGUCUACUCCGUCAUCAUCUGCCAGGGCCAAACAUCUCAUGGAUGCAUAUAGUACGAAAGUUGGUGGCAUGUGCGAUGUUCGGGGUGUUCUGCCCCUCAAGUAUCCUACUGACAAGCUCAGAAACUGCAAUCUGCCUUGUAGAGAAGUCUGCUCCCAAACCAAUUCGCCUACCGAGAGGCAAAGAAAUGUUGAUAUUCCUCUCCGAAGUUCAAGUCGCUUGCACCAGUCAAGGGACAUUCAAGUCGCUUGCACCAGUCAAGGGACGAGGAUCGGACUGGGAGAACUGCUCUUCUGCCUAACCAUUGUGAUCCAGUUGUUGAGCCAUGAGCAAUCAAACAUGGAGCUGAUUCAGCGUCGUUGA